UCUCCUGCCCCCGGCUCCCUUAUUAGGUUAUGCCAUAGGUCACACAAGUGCCAAUUGUUACAUGUGAGCCCUGGCUGUCAAGAUCAGUAGGCACCACUGCCAAGCCCCUCCCUGACCUCUUCACACAUAACACAUCUUCCACAAGGGUUCUAUGGAUAGCAACCAGGAACCGAGGCUGGUCUUUCCCUCCCUGACCCAAGACGCUGAGGCCUAUUGUAAGACUUCCAUCUGCUGCCCCGGCUGAGAUAAGCUAACUAAGUACAGACUUGGACUGAAACCUGCAGCCAUCUGGUCUGUAUGGUUUAGUGCUGCUGUAUUGGUCAGGGCUUAUACUACUAAGCCAUCGGAGGAAAGGCCUUUUCCUGACUUUCAUUUGCCUUUUUCCUUUGCAUUCUGAGUCAAAGUACUUAAUAAAGGAGGUAGCAAGAGAGGAUGAGGUGACCAAUGAUGAAUAAGAAGAAGGAAGAGACCGAAAAAGACUGACUUUGUCUCGAAGGGAGAAAUUGAUUGAGUAUUCGUUUUCUUGAUGUUGGAUUCUGCGUCUGAAGAAAAGGAUCCAGGGACUGCAUCUUGUGCUAAUUUGGACACAUUAGUUGAUGCAAGUACAGACCAGGAAGAAGAUGGUCCAGAUUAUCAGCCUGAAGCCCAUGAGGAAAAUGGAGCAGACAGAGAGACUGAAGUGAUUACAGCCUCCAAGGGGAAGGCGGUGACUUUGCCAAAUAGUCCUGAGAACGACGACCUGUCUUCUGUGAAGUCCAUGAUGUCGACAGUAAUGAACGUGGGGAAGCUCAGCGGGGAUGCGUCCAGCCCUCAGAAUCACAAGAGCCCCUCCAAGUCUUCCACAUCCACUCGCCCUGGGAAAAAGCAGCAGCAGUCACAGGAAGUCAAAGAGGAGAAGUCUACCUUUAUCUGCCCUCUAUGUGAGAAAAACUGUGGAACCCAGCACCAGUUAACUACGCAUAUUCGGCAGCACAACACUGACAGUGGAGGAAACAGCCAUUCCUGCAGUAUAUGUGGCAAGUCGUUGAGUUCGGCCAGCUCACUAGACCGCCACAUGUUGGUGCACUCAGGGGAACGUCCCUAUAAAUGUAAUGUCUGUGGCCAAGCCUUCACUACCAAUGGCAACAUGCACAGGCACAUGAAGAUUCAUGAAAAGGAGCCUGGCAACUCCGUAGAGUCAAGUCCCCCGUCACCCACCAAGCGCCGGAGGCUCUCGGUGAAAAGGAAGUUGAGUCAAGAGGAAGAGCACAAGGAAGAAGAAUCACCCAGCAAAAAGGUGGCCGGAGAGACGCCAUCUGAUGAAGAGGAAGACAAGAAGUCAGAGGAGGUCCUACACUGCCCUGUGUGCUUUAAAACUUUCAUCUGCAAGUACGGACUGGAGACUCACCUGGAGACUCACCCAGAUUCCAGUCUCAGGUGUAACCUGUGCUGCAUUUCCUUUAAGACACACCGUGGUUUGCUGCGUCACAAUGCCAUAAUCCACAAGCAGCUUCCCACGGACGCUUUGGGAAAACCUUACAUCCAGAAUAAUCCCACCAUUCCUGUGGGCUUCCACGAUCUUGGAUUCAUCGAUUUCUCCUGCAGGAAGUUCCCCCUCAUCUCUCAGGUCUGGUCAGAAGUGAAUCUGAGGAGAUGCACGAGCAAGUUUCACCGGUUUGUUUGCGAGAUGUGCAACAAAGCCUUUCCCAUGUUUGCGGCGCUCAGCCUGCACAUGGAAACUCACAAAGGGCAAGUGGACGGGGCCCAACCCAGGCCGGAGCCUCAGCAACCAGCCCAGGGUGACGUGAAGCAGAAAUCCUUCAUGGCCUCCCUGGGCAUGCAGCACGCCAAAGAGGUGAAGAUGGUGAAAUGGGAGGAAAUCCAUGGCGAGUUUUAUAUGCACGGAUACUGGCCGGAAAUUCCUCAGUGCAACCUACCUCAAGAGGUCAACCGUGUUACUGUGAACAAUCAGACCGCAUUAGACUUGGCUUCCUUUGGAGCCACACGGUCUUCUCUUCAGACCAGCCACCAGGACAAAGUAAAGAUAUUGGCCCUGCAGCCUUUCCAGAAAGGCUUCAUCAUCCAGCCCGACAGCAGUAUCGUGGUCAAACCAAUCUCCAGUGAGUCUGCCAUUGAACUUGCUGACAUUCAGCAGAUCCUCAAAAUGGCCUCCUCUGCUCCCCCACAGAUCAGUCUUCCGCCCCUGUCAAAAGCACCUUCCGCCCCAACUCAGUCCAUAUACAAGCAGAUGCCUCCUCUGAAGCCAAAGCCCCUGGUCACGCCUCGCACCGUUGUUGUAACCUCUACCCCACCCCCACUCAUGAGUAUGCAGCAGGCUUCCUCUGGGUGUAUCAAUACGAACCUCCCUCCUCCUCCAUUGAAGCUCAUAAAAACUAGAACCGAAUUGGCUUCCAGUCCUCUCGAACUGAAGUCCAGAUCCAUGAAUGGCUCUCAGCCAUUGCUGCAGCCUAAGACAGAACCUUUGAGCCCGAAUGAAAUGAAAACUCAGCUGGAGCAAGAUAGUAUUAUUGAAGCUUUGAUGCCUUUAGAAAUUGAGGGAACUAUUAAGCAGGAAGUCACAGAGGGAGACCUCAAGGACAUGAUAAUCGGGAGUCCGAACAAGAAAGUGCCACCAUUGAAGAAAGUCCUGUAUCCCUGCCGUUUUUGUGAGCAAGUCUUUGCUUUCUCUGGAGUCCUGAAAGCUCACAUACGCUCGCACUUGGGGAUAUCUCCAUACCAGUGCAACAUUUGCACUUACAUUGCAGCAGACAAAGCGGCGCUAAUCCGUCACCUGAGGACCCACAGCGGUGAGAGGCCUUUCAUUUGCAAAAUCUGCCACUACCCGUUCACAGUGAAGGCAAACUGCGAAAGGCACUUGCGCAAGAAGCACCUCAAGAUGACCAGGAAGGACAUUGAGAAGAACAUUGAGUAUGUGGAGAGCCACACGGCGGAGCUGGUGGAUUCCUUCUGCUCUCCAGACACCGUCUGCAAGUAUUGCGGCGAAGACCUGAAGUACUACAGGGCUCUCCGGCUCCACCUGAGGACACACAGCAGCUGCCAGAAGAAGCCCUUUGAGUGCAAAGAGUGCACCGUGGGCUUUUCGACCAAGAACAACUGCAUCCGCCACAUCCUCAAACAGCACACCCAUGUGGAUGAGAAGGAGAUCGAGAAGCACAUCUUGAUUAUCGACUGCAUCGUGGGGGAGAACGGGGCCUUGUCACCCAGCUUGUCUGAGGAGAGCGGGGAGGGCUCCCCACUGCCGUACAGGGAGCCGCAGAACGGUUUCGCUCACGGGCCCAUGCCGCAGGCUUCCUUAAAAAUGGAGCCGAUGAAUAUUUUUUCAAUGGACUUGGACGAACCCUUAGACUUUUCUCAGAAGAACAGACUCGUGUGCUUGCACCCGAUCAAGCAGGAAAGCCACCCGCUCAGCAGACUUACCUGUCAGGUUGCCCACUUUGACCUCACCAUGGAGCCCAUUGACCUGUCGGUUCCCAAAAAUCCCAAUAAGAACAAAGCGGACGAGGGGAAAGAAAAUAAGGAAGAGCCCCAGCUCGCUGCGAACGAUGGCUCUAUUAACUCGCUCCUGUGCUUGUCCCCUGGUCAAGCGAAGGUUAACCUCGAUAAGCUCCUAAGCACAAAACAUUCUUCCCAAUUACAGGGUUCGCCUCUCAGCCCGAGUCCCGCCAAUUUGCCGGUUGUCGUUCCCAGCACCAGCCUACUGCGUCCCCUCAGACCCAAGCCUCCGCUACCACCACUUUUGCCGAAGCCGGCACCCGUGAAAGAGCUGCCGCCCUUGGCUUCCAUUGCUCAGAUCAUCUCUUCCGUCUCCUCGGCUCCUGCCUUGCUGAAACGUGAGGCCACGGAGGGUGCAGAAGUGACCAAAUGUACUACGCCUUCCGAGAAUGCCGAGGACCCCAAGACGGUAGUAGUGCCGAAGAGGGCUACCCCAACAGAGUCUGCCACUGAGACACUGGCCGAACAGCCCAGUGCAGAAAAGGCCUCGGUUGGUUUAAUGGGCCCCUCCAAGAGAAAGGGGAGGAGGAGAGGGAUCAAAUACAAAAAGCUUCGGCCCAUUGUGAGCAACGGUUCAGAUCCCGAGACCAGUGGGGAGUUUGCCAGUGUGGAGAAGAUGUUGGCCACCACAGACACCAACCAGUUCAGCCCCUUCCUGCAGUCUGCUAGCGACAUCAAAGGGGAGUCCAGCAAAGAUGAAAUGAGCGCGGAAGAGAAAGAGAAGGGAGACGCAAAGAUCUUGAAGGGCAAGAAGAAUUCGUAUUCCAACUCCGUACAAAGAAUUAAUUGUCCGUACUGCCCACGCCUCUUCCCUUGGGCCAGUUCUCUGCAGCGCCACAUGCUGACCCACACAGGUCAGAAGCCCUAUCCCUGCCCUAAAUGUGACGCGUUCUUUUCUACUAAAUCUAACUGUGAACGCCACCUCUUGCGCAAACAUGGUGUUGCCAACCGAUCGCUGCGAAGAAACGGGCUGCUUGCCAAAUCCAAACCAGCUGAAGCAAAGCCCCGGGAGAGCACAGGCAAUUCUUCGGAAGCAGAGAGUGAUGCAGCAGGACCCUCUACAGCAGCUCCAACAGCGCCCAGCUCCUCUCCAGACUCCGCAGGGAGCCAGUACGCCGAGCUACCAGGGAGCCCCGAGCCUUCCAAAGAGGACCCCACCGCAAUCUCCUCCGAGAGACAAAAGAAAAAAAAUAGCAUGUCGGAGGAGGAGGAGGAGGCAGAAGAAGACGCGCAGAGCAACAAAAGCCUUGAUCUCAACUUUGCCAGCAAACUCAUAGACUUCAAACUAGGCGGCAGCCACCCGCCCGGGGGCAACAGCUCGCAGCAGGAAGGGAGGAACGUCUGUAACGUAUGUGGGAAAGUCUUCAAGUACGCAGCCACCCUGACACGCCACCGGAAAGCUCACGCUGGCGAGAUAAGGAGAGAAGGCAAAGGCGGCAAGAGAGGCCCCAAAAGAAUAAGCAGCGAGGCGGAGGCACCGAGUUCCAACGUAGCACGCAAGCGGGCAGCACAGAGCCCGGCAAGGUCAAAGAUCAGCGACGAGACUUCAGCCGAGUUUGAGGGGAAAGCAGAUCAAGAGGUAAAAGGUAGCCCGAGCAGUCCGUCCAGAGUCUCCGAGGAGGAGUGCACCAAGAGGCAGAGUGACAGCCAGGAUGGUGAGCCUCACACAGCAGAGCUCUCCACAGGGCAGCAGGACGCCAAGAAGCUGGGGCCCAAUAGCUCGACUAAGGCAGACAAGAGGAAGAAGAUUUGCACCGUGUGCAAUAAGCGCUUCUGGUCUCUGCAGGACCUGACACGUCACAUGAGGUCGCACACAGGUGAGAGACCCUACAAAUGCUUGACCUGCGAGAGGACCUUCACCCUGAAGCACAGCCUUGUCCGACAUCAGCGCAUCCACCAGAAGGGGGAGAAGGCGGCGAAACGUCACGGGAACGAGAACAACCCGGAUCAGUGCAAGGGAGACAAUGACAGCGAGAGCGACAUCGACCAAGCAGACUCUACCCAACUCUCGGAGAAUGAAAGCGAAACCCUGACCAGUGUUUGCCUCAGUAACGACUCUCCCCCGGCUCUCAGCCCAGCCGGCAGCUCCUCAGUUACCACAGGCAGCCAGUCUCCCAACCAGACGGCAGGCAAAGCGACAAAUCCCGAGACCGGCUUCCACCUUACGGGAGCGGUCAACGGGGUGCGGCAAGGAACCUUCCUCAUCCAGGGCGUCAGCCAGGAAUCCGGGAAGAGCUCCGAAAAGAUGCUGGAGGAUCCCACGGGCCCCUCGGACAUCAUUCAGAACCUGCUGGGCAUCCGCAGCGUGUCGCCAAUGAACCACGUUCUCAGCUCGGUGGAAUCAGCGCCCCGCUUGCUGGGAGUGGAGUAAUCUCACUCACAUUACAUUUGCUCAAGUUGCUGACAAGUUGGGCCACAGUACUUUCAAAAUCUGACGGACGUACACUCUAAAUACACCAGACAGGGCACGGAGGUCACCGAGGCUAGAGUUAUUAUUUUUCUCCUCUUUCCACCCUCUCCUCCCAGUAAAUCUUGAUGCUUUUGCUCUGGUGCUAUCGGGGAGCCUUAACAGACACUGGGAGCGAGAAGAACCCAGUGUAAUUAAAUGGACUGUCUUUUGUAUCUUCCAAGUGCCUUACUACCUGACUGAUCCGCACCUUGAACCGCUGAUCCAAGGGGUCACAAAACUUUGUCGCGAAUCAGUACAUUUCAGCCCGUUGAGAACAACCUUGGGAUCGGAAUCCCCUCGUGUUGCGUUUUUGUUUUUGAAAGCUGGAAAAUAACAUGGGAAAAGGAUCACGUGGCAUCCUAACUCACUUGGCGGGCUGUGCUUGUACUUUUAAUGAGAAGCUGAACUACUGUACUAAGUCUUCCACGAAAGCCUUAUAAUGAUCACACUGACUGACAAUCUUUUGGAGAGGGGGAGGGGGGAGAUUUUACUCCAUUAUGAAACAAACAUAGGGACAAAAUAGCAAUUCUAUGAUUUGUUUUUUAUAGCUUUGCAUUUGCGGUGGACGUGACAGUGCCAUCUUGUAUUUCUUUUGUAAAUUUGGUCUUUAAAGAUGGGCUUUUUUCCCAACCGAGGUGGAACUCACUGCUCGCCAUCCAUCUGCGAAAAGCUGGGGGUGACUUUUGAAAAAUCCUUUUCGUUUUUCUUUUUCCACAAUAAAAGGCGUAAUGGGCUGUUUCUGCUGAAAAUGAGAAAAUGGGACUAAAAAGGUAAAAUUAAUUAGGAGAAAGCGAAGAUGUGUUUUGUUAUAAAGUUGUUAUAAAGUUUAUAUCCGUAUAAAAUUCAGUGCAAAUAAAAUUUUAAAAUUAUUUCUGCUCUCAAUGGUUUAACACCCAGCGACUCGGGACAGGAGCCAUUAAUCAACUAUAUAAGUGCAGAGCCGUGUGGCAAAAAAAGUUUAAAAAAAAGUGUUUGCAGCAUUAAGCUGGACAAUGUACUAGCAAUAAUCACUAUUGAUCUAAAGCUUUAUUUAGUAUAUGUCUGUACCAGCAAUAUUAGUUAUAUGGGCCUUGCCACAUUUUAUUGAUAUUUUUAUUAGAGGAGUUUUUUGCGUCUUGACUGAGGAAUUUAUUUUGUUUUCUUUUUCAAAACUGUGAAAAGGAGAAAUUCAUUUUGUGUUGAAUUAAGGGUGAAUCUUAGGUUAGUGUUGCAUGUUGGACUAAUUUGUCUAUCAGUUUUUUUGUUUGUAAUUCUGACACUCUUUCUCAGGGCUUUUUAAAAAUGCAUCUACUAAAAUCCCUUUCUAGUUUCAAAUUUCCUCCGUUUUAAAGGACUUGAAGCUGAUAUAAUUCAAUCACUACAUGAAGCACUUGACUGUGAAAGAAAAUGUCUAAUUGGUUUACAACUUGUUCAAAACGAAUCAAAUUUAAAAAAGCAGUCAAUUUUCACAUGCGCCACAAUUUAAAGCUUUUAUCAGAGGUUUUGCGAAUUUAUGUCUAUUUUCAAGAAGGAAAACUUUUCGGGGUGUUGGAAAUGGAAGAAAUAUUAAUAAACAAAAAAGAAAUGCGAGCCAGAAAGCAUUAAGAAAAAUAAAAAUUCAGAAUCCAUAUUUUUUUGUAAAGGGAACCUUUACUGCUGCUACGUUUUAUGUAUACAUUUGGUUUAUGCCACAUGAACAGAGAGAAUCACAUGGAGUUUUGGUACUUACUUCCAAUGCAAAAUUUUUUAAAGCUGUUCUGUAUCAAACCAUCUAAGCAAUAAAAUGUUAUACUUGA